UUUACGCCCGUGGAUGUAGGAACAACGUAUCACCGCUUAUCCUUGGGGAGUGCGACUCGGAAACAACUUUUGUGGAACUACAUUUGAUGCGAUUUAACAUAGGAAUAGCGUCAAAUACGGAUGAACUGACUAUAUUUUCACGUUCUCGGUUAGUGAAUUCUAGUUGAAGAUCGCGAAACUUUGCUCUAGUAAAAUGGCCGUUCAUGGCAAUUCCUUAAUGCCCUUUUCCAUCCAAGCCAUCCUGAACAAAAAGGACGACAGUCGACACUUUGCUGAGGUUGACAUGUGCUUCUCUAAGGCAGCGUGCUGGAAAAUAUUUGGUGAUAUGAACAGUGUUUCUCGAAGAGAAGAUGGCGAAGUUUGUGAACCCACGGACCAGAAGAUCUACGAUUCUGACUCGGGACUGAGCGAUGACACCGAAAGCAAACCUCUGUCUGCGUGUAAAUCUGAGAAGGACGCAGACAAUGUGUCAGAUAUACCCGAGGAAAGUCUGCACGAGGAGACGGACCAGGAGUCCACGUGUGUGGAACACACUAAAAGUGACAGCGAGCCCAAUAACGCAACAGACUCGAGCACGAUGGAGGACAAAAGUCUUGACCAGCCCAAACAGAGGAAGAAGCGCUCCAGAGCGGCCUUCUCACACGCGCAGGUCUUUGAGCUGGAGCGCCGCUUUAAUCACCAGCGGUACCUGUCGGGUCCGGAGCGGGCGGAUCUAGCGGCUUCUCUCAAACUCACAGAGACUCAGGUCAAGAUCUGGUUCCAGAACCGCAGGUACAAGACCAAACGGCGCCAGAUGGCCGCUGACCUGAUGGCCUCCACUCCCGCCGCCAAGAAAGUGGCAGUGAAGGUUCUGGUGCGAGACGAUCAGAGACAGUACAGCCCGGGAGAGAUCCUACGGCCUCCGCUGCUCUCACUGCAGCCGCCCUAUUACUAUCCUUAUGCGUACUGCCUACCUGCGUGGACACUAUCUGCAUGCACUGGCAAUCAGUGAGAACACCUCCAAU